CUGGGUGCGAGAUUCGACGAGACAGCAUCCGGAAGUGGUGGAAAGUGUGCGCGCGCGUCGGACACUGUGUGUACCCUUCUAGACGCUUGUAGAUAUAUAAGAUUUCCCAUUGAUAUCAUUCAUUUAAUUUCUACUGCACGCACACUUGGGGUUCCCGAGAAUGGACUACGGACACGACGAAGGGCCUGGAUUCGUAGGAAUCAGAUUCUGCCAAGAAUGCAACAACAUGCUGUAUCCUAAAGAGGACAAGGAGAACAAGAUAUUACUUUAUGCAUGCAGAAAUUGUGACUACCAACAGGUUGCAGACAACAGUUGUAUCUAUGUCAACAAGAUCAUGCAUGAAGUAGACGAGCUGACUCAGAUUGUAGCAGAUGUUGCUCAAGACCCUACCUUACCUCGCACAGAAGAUCAUCAGUGUCCAAAGUGUGGUCACAGAGAAGCAGUUUUCUUCCAGUCACAAACUACAAAAGCAGAGGAUGCCAUGAGACUCUACUAUGUAUGUACAGCUCCAAACUGUGGACACAGGUGGACUGAGUAAUGCACCUUCAACCAGGAUACAUUAAGUGUUCAUUAUUAGUUUCAGUGGAUUUAGUUUCUCCACAGAGCUGAAGAUAUUUGUUGGAUUGUAACAUUCAUAGCAUGGCAUUUGUCCAACUAAUACUACUACAUUUGUAGACAGUAGUAAUGUACCAAAACCAUGGACUGGAAUCAUGCAAAGUGAAUUUGUUGCCUAGGUGCAUUUGGCCUUUUCUACCCUUUGAUGCCAAUUUUUCCUUUCCUUGAAGAGUAAGAGAAUGUAACUUUUUAUGUUUUUUUUUAGUGCAACACAGGUCAACCCAUAGAAGUAACAUUGAUGCCUUUAUCUCACAAUAUAUAGAUGUAAAUGGAACUUUCUGGAGCAUUGUGAAUACAGUAAACAGCAUAUGCAUCACCAUUACUUUGUAUUUACCUUGCAAAUAAAACUACAAUUUGUAUCAAACUU